AUGCCAACCCUGUUUCUCAAUUCCAAACGGUGUGUGUGUCUGCUAUGUGUGUUGCACAUCCCAGAUUUGCGAAAGCAGGCCAGGCAGCUGGAGAAUGAGCUGGACCUGAAGCUGGUGUCCUUCAGUAAACUGUGUACCAGCUACAGCAGCUCCAGAGAUGGCCGUCGAGGAGACAGGUAAGUCUAAGACCAGUUCCAUUUAGGUCCCUAACCCCUUCCCCUAGGGCCUAGUUCCUACAUUACAGGUGAUACUAGUGCCCAGUCCCAUUCAGGUUUCUAGCUCCUAGCCUUCUACACCUUCAGGGCCAGUUUCCCGGACAGAGAUUAAGCCUUCUCCUGGACUAAAAAGCACUUUCAAUGGAGAUUCUCCUUUAAACAUGCCUUUUCUUGGUGUUUAUGGAUGAAAGAACUGAUAGGUGUUACAAAUAUGGUGAUACAGUGCCUCUACCAAGCCCACAUGUUGGGAGUCCUAAUAGUCUUUCUCUCCCUCCUUGUCUUCCUCUUUGCCCUAUAGCAACUCAGAUACUACUCCCCUCCUCAACAACUCCACACAGGACAGAAUGUUUGAGACCAUGUCUGUGGAGAUUGAACAGCUGCUGGCCAAAGUAAGACUUCACAGCAAAUAAUUCUAAUUAAAUGAAGUUUAUAUGAAAUUUCAGAAUGUAUUUUUGUUCUCAAGUAGUAUUCAGCUUCACUAUCAUAGGCAUGCCAACAUGGUUGAAUCCUGCAUUGUUGUGUGUAUGUGUACUGACGGUGCUGUGUCUCUCAGCUCACGGGUGUGAAUGACAAGAUGGUGGAGUACACCAGCACCCCGGGGGUGACGUCCCUCAACGCAGCCCUGAUGCACACGCUCCAGAGACACAGAGACAUCCUGCAGGUCUGUCUGUCUCUUACUCUUUCUAAAUGUUUCUCUCUCUUUCUCCCUCCCUCCCUCUCUUUCACUCCCCCUCAUCUUUCGCCUAUUCCUCUCUUAGAACUUAGUCCUAACUUGAGCUCUGCAUGCAUCGUUUGAAUUUUCACUUAACUCCCAUGGGGUUAAUCGUUUUUCAUUCCCUUAACUCCUGUUUUUUGUUGCUGUACCCUAGGACUACACUCACGAAUUCCACAAAACCAAAGCCAACUUCCUUGCCAUCCGGGAGAGAGAAGAUUUGCUGGGGUCUGUCCGAAAAGACAUUGAGUGA